UAACAGCUAAAAAACUGGGUUUUUUUAACUUCCUUAUUUAAAAACAUACCACUCGAAAGGAUGUCCGUUUUAUUCUGCGAUUCCAAAAAGUCUUGUUUACAAGUUGUUAUCUUAUGAAGAGGAAGUAAUAAUGUAACUGAAGAAUUUUAACACAACUGAAGUUCUAACACUCCUUCAGCAGUGAGGGAUCGUGUUCGUUCCGUCACCAUUUCGACACGGAACAUACGCCCUAUUCAAAAGGACUCUUCCACACAGUGAAUUUGAACCCGAUCGGUGUGAACAUUGCAGAACCAUGGGUGUUUUAAUGCUCACACUGCUGUUUUUCUUUGUGAGGAAUUCUAAUGAGGACGAGACUGUUAACGUCGGAGUUGUUAUAAGGCUCACACAGAAAGGCCUUACGUACGCCAUGAAUACAGUUUUGGAGUCUGUUAAGAAACUGAAUCUGUCAGCAUUCAGCAUACCUACAGCAAAUGUGACUACAAGCAAUGUCAGCUAUUCGAUUCAAAAACUAAUAUAUACAGAUUAUGCUAAUUUGAAUGCAUCGAUUCUUAUAAAUGAAAAACCUGGAUUGAAUGUUACUGUCCAUAGUCUUUCGGUAAACGCUACUGGAGAAGUGGAGUGUCAAGAUAAGGAUGAGAGAAAUGUUCAGCAUUGUAGAAUUGAAAUGACAAUCUCUGGAUCGGGACAUUUCCUCGCGAUAAUAGGGACAAAUAGACAGGGGAGAUUUAAUGUGUCGAUGAAUCAAGAAGAGGGCAGUUGCAUCAUUCCGUUACCUGAUCUAAAGAUAUGGUUCACAGAUUGUGAUAAACCCGCAGAAUCCAUAUGUGCAACAGAUUUGUUGGAACUUGAAGAACAAUUUAAAAAGGAACGACUUACUCAGAAAAAGUUAUGUUUCUUAGCACGGUUCUAUUUUUUUGCAAGAGGCGAUGCAGAAAUGAACACAAUUAUUU